AUGCAACCCUCAAACGCGCCCGCGGCCCCCGCAACAGACGACUCCACCCACAAGCCCUCGUACGACAGCGAAUACACGAACGGAACAAACGGCCACGCUGCUCGCGACCCAGAGAAGCAAGAAGAACGCCGGCGAGAACACCGCCCCUCCUACCAAGAAGCUCGCCGACGCAGCUCAUGGGCCAACAAAGAGGAUCCGUUCGGGGACGAAGAGGGCGCGGAGGUCAAGUAUCGGACGCUGCGAUGGUGGCAAGCGGCCUUUAUCAUGAUCGCGGAGACGAUCUCGCUCGGGAUCCUGUCGCUGCCGUCGGUGCUGGCGAGUAUCGGGAUGGUGCCGGGGAUAAUUCUUAUUGUGGGGUUGGGUGUGCUGGCGACGUAUACGGGAUUUGUGCUGGGGCAGUUUAAGCUGGCGUAUCCGCAUGUGCACAAUCUGGCCGAUGCGGGCGAAGUCUUGUGCGGGCCUGUAGGCCGCGAAGUCGGCGGCGCAGCGCAGACUAUUUUCCUCAUUUUUACCAUGGGAAGCCAUAUCUUAACCUUCACCAUCGCGAUGAAUGCCAUUACGGGGCAUGCAACAUGCUCUAUCGUCUGGGGCGUCAUUGGACUCAUCGUGCUGUGGAUCUGCACGCUGCCCCGAACACUGAAGAAGGUCUCAUAUCUGAGUAUCGCAUCAUUCGGCUCCAUCACCGGCGCAGUCUUCAUCACCAUGAUCGGCGUCGGCGUCGACCCAGCGCCAAACCUGCAUCUCCAGGCAACGACAACAACCGCCUUCCCCAAGGCCUUCCUCAGCGUCAGCAACAUCAUCUUCGCAUACGCCGGGCACGUCGCCUUCUUCUCCUUCAUCAGCGAGUUCCGCGAUCCGACCGAGUUCCCCAAGGCGCUGUACCUGCUGCAAUCCAUCGACGUCAGCAUGUACGUCGUAGUAGCCAUAGUCGUGUAUCGAUACACAGGAUCCAGCGUCUCGAGCCCCGCGCUGAGCAGCACGAGCCCCGUGGUUAUGAAGGUCGCGUAUGGGAUUGCCCUGCCGACCAUCCUCCUCGCUGGCGUAAUAUACGGCCAUGUAGCCUCCAAAUACGUAUACGUGCGUAUCUUCCGCGGUACGAAGCACAUGCAACAGCGUACACUGCUGUCCAUCGGCACUUGGGCCGCCAUCACUUUGACCUUCUGGCUCAUCGCCUGGAUCAUCGCCGAGUCGAUUCCAAACUUUAACGACCUGCUCGCGCUCAUCUCCUCGCUCUUCGCGUCAUGGUUUACCUACGGGCUGAGCGGCGUGUUCUGGCUAUUCCUCAACUACGGUCAAUACGCGAGUAACUGGAAGAAGAAGUGUUUGACCGCGCUGAACAUAGGCAUCUUCUGGCUAGGCGCUGCAGUGUGCGUCAUCGGCCUGUAUGCAAGCGGAAAGGCGAUUCACGAAUCCAGUUCGAGCGGCUCUUGGUCGUGCGCUGAUAAUACUUCGAGCUGA